CCUUUUUAUUAACUUAUCAAACCUCACACUCGCAAGUAAAUUACAGAGGCAACAUAUCUGGUCGAAGAAAUAUUGUUGACUUGUGCAACGGAAAAUUAGAAAAAUAUAUAUGCUAACAAAAAAAAAUCGGGAAAUAGUACAUCUUUUGUAAAUUGCUGGCUUCAGCCGUGGCCACCACCAAAAACAUGGAUCGCAUUCAGAUUGGCGAGCAGUUGUUUUUCCAGCGGAGUGACGGACGUGUCCAUCCGGUGGUUUGCACGGGCAAGAAUCCGGAACUCGACUCGGUGACCGGGGAAUGGACCGAGGGAGCGGUGGUGAAGGGCAAGGAGGUGCCCAUCAGUAUGCUGAUUGGGAUUAAUCGUCAUAUUUUCGCGGAGAAUCAACCACCAACGGGCUCUUUGAUUCCCAAGCCCAGGGAUGCGAGUCCCUCUGGAGGACGUCAGGACUCGCAAAGGAAGUCAUCGGCCGGAACCGGAACCGCAAAUCCCUAUGCAGAGCGCAUGAGAGCUAUGGAUUUUCGCAGUAAGCUUCCUACCGCAAAGACGGAGAAUAAUCCUCCAGUUCCUAUGGUAAAUCGUGAUCAGGGUGGACCUUAUACCUCUCGACUGGUCCCCUGUAAGCCGCGUAGCACCAGUCCCAUCCAGAAUCGCAGAUCUCAGGGCUCCAAUAACAACAAUCAGAGAUGUUCCAGUGUCGUUAGGGAGGUGAAUCGCAUGAAGGACGAGCGGGAGAAGCGCAGGGCUCGCCAGGUGGAGCAGCUGCAGGAGAAGGAUGCACUGCGUCGCAAGGACCCGGGGAAUCCCAACUGGGAGGUGUCCCUGAUGCUGCGUCAGUACCGGGGAACCCUGAACUUCACCCCACUCCGCUGUCUGAAUCCACGUGGAGCUGCUGCCCAGCAAAUAACAGUUUGUGUGCGCAAGAGACCCAUGAGUCGCAAGGAGGAGAACUCAAAGAACAUGGAUAUCAUCACAAUUCCCACAUCCGAUUCCCUGAUUGUCCACGAACUGCGCCUCAAGGUGGACCUGACCAAGUUCCUGGAGCACCACAAGUUCCGUUUCGAUUUCACCUUCGAUGAGGAGUGCUCCAAUGCGCUGGUCUACGAUCACACAGCUCGUCCUCUGAUCAGAACCAUGUUCGAAGGUGGCAAUGCCACCUGCUUUGCCUAUGGACAGACUGGCAGUGGCAAGACCCACACCAUGGGCGGUGAGUUCUUCGGUAAGAUUCAGGAUUGCGGAACUGGCAUCUAUGCCAUGGCAGCUCGCGAUGUCUUCGAGGAGAUUUCCCGUCCUGAGUACCGGGAAAUUGGAGCCAAGAUCACUUGCAGCUUCUUUGAGAUCUAUGGCAGCAAGGUUUUUGAUCUUCUGCUGCCAAAUAAACCCAUGCUAAGGGUUCUGGAGGAUGGCAGACAGCAGGUGGUGGUGGUGGGUCUCACCGAAAUCACAGUGACCAAGGUGGAGGAUGUCCUUCGUCUAAUUGAGCAUGGCAGCAAGGAGCGCACUUCGGGACAGACUUCAGCGAAUGCCAAGUCUUCGCGUUCACAUGCCGUCUUCCAGAUUGCCCUACACAUGCCGAAUUCUUGGGGACCCUAUGGCAAGUGCUCCUUUGUGGACCUGGCUGGCAAUGAACGCGGGGCGGAUACGCAAUCUGCGGACCGCCAUACCCGCAUCGAGGGAGCCGAGAUCAACAAAUCCCUGCUGGCCCUCAAGGAGUGCAUUCGUGCCUUGAGUCGCCAGUCGAGCCACCUUCCUUUCCGUGGAUCCAAGCUAACCCAAGUCCUCCGCGACUCCUUCGUAGGUGGAAAGAAGAACAAGACCUGUAUGAUUGCCAUGAUAUCACCAUCCAUGAGCUGUGUGGAGCAUACCCUGAAUACCCUACGUUAUGCGGAUAGGGUCAAGGAGCUAAUAGCCAAGGAAGACGAUGCCUUACAGAAUUCAGGUGGGACUGAAGAGAAAUCCCCCGAUCUCAACGACGAAUCCGAGCCAGAAAUGUUUGCCGAGGAGGAGGAGGAGCAGUACGACUACGAAGAAAAUCAGCAUAUCACCAUAUCUUCCGAGGAAACCAGUUCAUAUAUUCAGCACAAUGCCAGUUCCGAUACAAACUUUAACCAUACCAUUAAUAUGCCACAGCAGCAGCUGGAACUCAAAGAGGUGGCCGAACAACACGUAGUUUUGAUGGACUACAUGGAAAACCUAGUGCGCGAUUUCCGUGAACUUCGAUCAGAGGAAGAAUUCGGCAGUUAUCUGGCCAACUCAGAUAAUGCUUUUGAAGAUCUGCUCACAAUGGUCAACCAAACCCGAGAUCAAGUGUUCAAGUUCAAGACCCAACAGUUAAUCAAGGAUAUGAUGCAGAAGAACGGGCAGCUGGAGGGGAAUAAGAAGGAGGAAAACAAGGAGGAGGACUAGGUGUAUUCCCAGCCAGCCCCCUUCUAUAUGAAUUUAUUUUUUACCACUCUCUGUAUCUUUUCAUUUGAGUUUUGGGCGACCCUCGAACGGCUCAAAUUUCAAUUCGAUAAACAAGCAGUUAAUGAAAAUUCAA